UAGAGCAGGAGGAGCGGGAGCGCGCGCGCACACUGUGCAGGGACAGAGACGAGACAAGAUCAAAGCAAAGGUGUUCCGGGGCAACAGUUUGGAAACAAAGUAACCUCUGGUUUACUUUGAUGACUUGAUUACAAACACGCAACACUGAAAAAGGGACAAGGAAGAGCAGCAGGACAGUCAUGGAUCAGAGAGUGGGGAGAAAGAUCAGCUAGCGUUUUCACAUCCUGAAGAGAAGAUCCUGAGAAGAGAUCAUGGAUUUCAGUACGAUACGGAACCUCAUCACCAGAUGGUGUGCAGGGGAGGAGAACUGGGUGGACAGCAGGACAGUGUAUAUUGGACAGAAAGUGCCACCCCCUGGCACUGAGGCCUACAUCCCUCAGAGGUUCCCUGACAACCGGAUAGUCUCCUCCAAGUAUACUUUUUGGAACUUUAUUCCGAAGAAUUUGUUUGAACAAUUUAGAAGAAUCGCAAAUUUCUACUUUCUCAUCAUCUUUCUUGUACAGUUAAUCAUCGACACUCCCACCAGUCCCAUCACCAGUGGUUUACCACUUUUCUUUGUCAUCACUGUAACCGCCAUUAAACAGGGCUAUGAGGACUGGCUCAGGCACAAAGCGGACAACGCCAUCAACCAGUGCCCUGUUCAAGUCGUCCAAAAAGGCAAAGUGGUGUGCAAGCAGAGUCGCAAGUUACAGGUGGGUGAUGUGGUGUUGGUGAAGGAAGACGAGACGUUCCCUUGUGACCUGAUCCUGCUUUCCACCAGUCGAGACGAUGGCACGUGUUUCGUCACCACUGCCAGCUUGGAUGGCGAGUCCAGUCACAAGACCUAUUAUGCAGUUCAGGACACCAAGGCCUUUAAUACAGAGAAGGAGGUGGACCAACUGCAGGCCACUAUAGAAUGUGAACAACCCCAACCAGACCUCUACAAAUUUGUGGGACGGAUCAAUAUUUAUUUGGAUCGAGAUGAGCCCGUUGCAAGACCUCUGGGUUCAGAAAACCUGCUGCUGCGAGGGGCCACGUUGAAAAACACAGAGUUCAUAUACGCCGUGGCUAUUUACACUGGCAUGGAGACCAAAAUGGCCCUGAACUACCAGUCCAAAUCCCAGAAACGCUCUGCUGUAGAAAAGUCUAUGAAUGCCUACCUGGUUGUUUAUCUCUGCAUCUUGAUCAGUAAAGCUCUAAUCAACACUGUCCUCAAAUACGUGUGGCAGGCUGACCCCAACCGAGACGAGCCUUGGUACAACCAAAAAACAGAGACUGAGCGGCAACGGCACGUAUUGAUACGGGCCUUCACGGACUUCCUGGCUUUCAUGGUCCUCUUCAACUACAUCAUUCCUGUAUCCAUGUACGUGACUGUGGAAAUGCAGAAGUUUCUAGGCUCUUAUUUUAUUACAUGGGAUGACGAAAUGUUCGACGAAGAGCUGGGAGAAGGUGCGCUUGUUAACACAUCGGAUCUUAACGAGGAACUCGGGCAGGUGGAGUACGUCUUCACUGAUAAGACAGGAACUCUGACGGAAAACAACAUGGAGUUUAUAGAGUGCUGUGUAGAUGGUCAUGUGUACGUACCACAUGCCAUCUGUAAUGGUCAGAUCAUGUCUGCAGCCGGCAGCAUCGACAUGAUCGACUCGUCGCCCUGCAGUGAGAGGAAGGAGCAUGAAGAGCUGUUUUUCCGGGCGCUAUGUUUGUGUCACACAGUGCAGGUGAAGGAGGAGGAGACGGUGGAUGGCAUUAAGAGGGGAAUUCACCAGGGAAAAUCCUCUUCCUUCUACAUCUCCUCCUCUCCUGAUGAGGUGGCACUGGUGGAGGGCAUGAAGAGGCUGGGCUUCACCUACCUCCGACUGAAGGACAACCACAUGGAGAUCCUCAACAGGGAGGAAAAGAUCGAGAGGUUUGAAUUGCUGGAGGUGUUAAACUUCGACUCCGUGAGACGGAGGAUGAGUGUUAUCGUCAGAUCCAGCUCAGGAGACUUCUACCUGUUCUGCAAAGGUGCUGACUCGUCCAUUUUCCCCCGAGUCAUCUCAGGGAAAGUAGACCAGGUCCGAGCUCGGGUAGAGCGUAACGCUGUGGAGGGUUUACGGACACUUUGCGUAGCGUAUAAGAAGCUGACUCGGGAAGACUACGAGGAAGUGUGUCAUCUCAUCAACAGCGCUAAGCUAGCUCUGCAGGAGCGGGACAGGAAACUGGCUGAGGCGUAUGACUUCAUCGAGAGGGAUUUCAUCCUGCUGGGAGCCACAGCUGUCGAGGAUAGGCUGCAGGACAAAGCGGCAGACACCAUCGAGUCCCUGCACAAGGCAGGCAUGAAGGUGUGGGUCCUUACUGGCGACAAGAUGGAGACUGCGGCUGCCACGUGCUACGCCAGCAAGCUGUUCCGCAGGAGCACGCAGAUCCUGGAGCUGACCACAAAGAGGACGGAGGAGCAGAGCCUGCACGACGUGCUGUUCGACCUGAGCAGAACUGUACUGCGGCAGCAUGGAACCAUGAGCCGAGACGUGUACUCUGGCCUGUCUAAUGAAUUCCGGGACUACGGGUUGAUCAUUGACGGAGCCACUCUAUCUGCGGUGCUGAAACCGGCGCAGAACGGCAGUACAGGAAACUACAAGGAGAUCUUCCUGGAGAUCUGCAGGAACUGCAGCGCCGUCCUGUGCUGCCGUAUGGCCCCGCUUCAGAAAGCACAGAUUGUUAAGCUGAUAAAGAUGUCAAAGGAGCAUCCUAUCACUCUGGCCAUCGGAGAUGGAGCAAACGACGUCAGCAUGAUCCUGGAAGCUCAUGUGGGCAUUGGCAUCAUGGGUAAAGAGGGAAGACAGGCAGCCCGCAACAGUGACUAUGCAAUUCCCAAAUUUAAGCACCUGAAGAAGAUGCUCCUGGUGCACGGCCAUUACUACUAUAUCAGAAUAGCUGAGCUGGUGCAAUACUUCUUCUACAAGAAUGUGUGCUUCAUCUUUCCCCAAUUUCUUUAUCAGUUCUUCUGUGGCUUCUCCCAGCAGCCACUAUAUGAUACGGCAUAUCUCACACUGUACAAUAUCAGCUUCACCUCGCUGCCCAUCCUGCUCUACAGUCUGAUCGAGCAGCAUGUCAAUGUGGACAUCCUGAAACGGGAUCCUUCGCUGUACAGAGACAUUGCGAAGAAUUCUCUGCUCCAGUGGCCCAUCUUCAUCUACUGGACAUUUCUAGGAGUCUUUGAUGCACUGGUCUUUUUCUUUGGUGCUUUCUUCUUAUUCGAUAACACCAGCUUCACCAGCAACGGACAGCUAAUGGCCACAAACACGCAGAUGAUGUUUGGAAACUGGACAUUUGGAACACUGGUGUUCACAGUGCUGGUAUUUACAGUCACUUUAAAGCUUGCUCUGGACACACACUACUGGACAUGGAUCAACCAUUUUGUCAUAUGGGGAUCUCUGCUGUUCUAUGUGAUCUUCUCACUCCUCUGGGGUGGAAUCAUUUGGCCCUUUCUGAACUAUCAGAGGAUGUACUACGUCUUCAUGCAGAUGCUGGCCAGUGGACCUGCGUGGCUCAGCAUCAUUCUGCUCAUCAUGGUCAGUCUGCUGCCUGAUGUGCUUAAGAAAGUGCUGUGGAGGGCGCUGUGGCCCACCACCACCGAGAAAAUACAGAAUGCAGACAAGCUUUAUAAAGGUCAGCUGUCGGAGUUUACCCCUCUGUCCUCUAUCCACACUCCACCUGUCCACAAACGGGGCGGUGAUGAGGAUCAAAGCCACGCCCAUCACAGGUCUGAAUCUUCCCCUCGUAAAAAAGUGAUGUACACCCGCUGGGGGGGUGGCCCUGACUACUGCACUUUCCGCCCUUUCUUCCGAUUUGGGGGAAACCCCAGGCUGUCCGGGAUGGCAUAUGCUUACGCUGCACCUGGGUGUGAAACUUCCAUUUGAAAUGAAAGUCUAAGCUAACAUUGAGACUUGCAAUGCACAUUAGCACACAGACUGAUCCUGAAAUUGCAAUUGUUAAAGGCUUGUUAAAGUAUUCACCCGACGUACACACCCUGUUCGCCAAGGCAGCACACAGCAACAAGCCUGGGUGUUGGCUGGUGGUUUGGAGCCAGGCUUAAAUGGGCCAGCAGAUCCAUGGGAGUGUUCAAAGUGCUGUGUUAAGGGGCCUUUUUUACCUUAAUACCCUGUGUAUGUGUUCGUUUGUGUUUGUGUGUGUUACCCUCAAUCAUACCUCCCAUGUCAAUAUCACUUGGAAAUAAUAUCCUGGCACUGAGCAGCUAUAAUAUAGUAUACAUCUUUCCCUCUUGAUGGAAAUGAUCUGAAUGUGGAGAUAUAUAAGCGACAACUGUACACCUGCUCAUUCAUACAAUUGUCCGAUCAACCAAUCACAUGGCCAUUCACUGGGAAAAGACCAGGUGAUUGUUUUUUGCGCCCACUGUAGCCUCAGAUUCCUGUUCCUGGCUGACAGAAGUGGAACCAGAUAUGGUCUUCAGCUGUUGUAGCCCAUCCACCUCAAGUCUUGACCUGCUGAGAUGCUUUUCUGCUCACCAUGUUUGUAAAGAGUGGUUAUUUGAAUCCCAAAACCUUCCUGUCAGCUCAAACUAUUCUGUAUUCUCCUCUGGAUGUAUUUGUUCGUUUGUUUUCCACACCAUUUUGUAUAAACUCGAAAGAGCAUCCCAUCAAAUCACUGAGAUCCUUUUUUUUUUUCUUCACCAUUCUGAUAUCUGAUGUGAACGUUCACUGAGGUUCUGAACUGUAACUGCCUGAUUUUAUGCAUUGUGCUGCUGCCGCAUGAUUGGUUGAGUAAGUUACUGCAUGAACGUGCAGGUGUACAGGUCCAGUAAGUGUAUCUAACUUGACUGUAGACAGAUCCUCACACUUUUUUCUCUUGAAUUUUCUUCCCUUCCCUUCUUGUUUUUUCCCCCCUUCUUUCUUUCAUAUAUUUUUUGUUUGUAGAACAAACGGGUGUUGCCGUUGCGCAACUCUGUUUUUGAAGAACACUCCAUAAAAGACGCCGUUAUGUUGAAUUGUAAGUGGCUGAACUUUGGCUGUCAUUGCAUCUUUGCUCCAGUAGAUAGAGCUCGUCAAGAAUGCCAUAGGGGUGUGUGUGUGUGUGUGUAGUAUGUGUGUGUUUGAGAGAUAUGAGACAAGCUAGAACUGGACUGUCACAGCUUUGUCAUUUAUAAUAUAAUUGCACCACUAGAGUAGCUUGUAUGAGUUAUCAUUUUAAUUUGAUUGCUAGAAAACGUCUAAAACCGAGUGUGGUGUAGGUGCUUAUAGUAGAGAUGCACUAUAGCUAUUUAUAUUAACACUUCCUUUUCCUAACCCAUUAAAAUGCCUUUCUUUAGUUUUUUUUUUUUUUUUUUGGGAGGGGGGUAAAGCUUUGCUGACAAACCUUACUAUCAACUGUACCUUAGCAUCCAUGUUCUUCUGCCUUAAUGCCAUAACAUUUCCCAUGCUUCAUACUGUGGUCUGGACACCAAAGGUUGUAAAAUAAUCGACAAACGGAGUAAACUAGUGUUCUUCUUGCCUUAUACUGAUUUGAGGGAGCAGGGAACGGGCACAUGAUGGCAUUAGACGAAUCCCACCGCACUGCCUUAAGUUCACACGCUGCACCAGCAGACGGCUGGAUGGUAGACGGUUCCCUUUUAGGCUGAUUGCAGAUCAGUUUUUCCUCUAUUACCAUACUGUACUAUAUUGUAUAGAUCUGACUAUAUUUUGGUAUAGUAUAAAUAUUUCGGCUUGGAUUGAUGAAUGGAGUUGCUGGUUGAAGACUCAUUUUUUAAAUUGAGAUGGAUAGCAGUAGUGUAGUUCUCAUAACAUCUGCUAUGGCCAGCGAAGCCACACGAGACUCCUUGAGAAGAUUGAUUUAUUAUUUUUAUUACCAAAUUAUGGCAGCAAGCUGUACUAUAUUUAUUUGACUCGUAUGUUUUUAUUGACAAGGUUCGAUUUCUGUGUUGAGCCUCAGUUCGGAGUCUUGUGUCGCUCAGCUAGCUUCAUACCGUCAUUGUAAACUGCCUGAUCAUCGUUCUGUUUGUCCGGUGGACUUUCAUUGAUGUCACUUAAUCAGCCUGUUCAUUGGCUACACCUCAGAUGGUUACUAUUCACUAUGUAGCACUUCCCUUUAAUUAAUUUACCCCAUAGUAAAGAGAAGCCAUUUUGGAUUUCCAAGCAUCUAUUAAGCAUUUGACUCAUAAAAUAGAACAAGUAUGUGAAUAUUCGUACAAUAGCUGAGUAUAAGGUAAUGUUUCUGUGAUGCAUUUUGUAUUAGUUCUGUUGUCUUGGUAGAACUUUUACGUUAAGGCUUCAUGACGCACACGUAUACAUAAGACCUUCAUGACAACGGUUACGAAGGCUAAGUCAGAAUGUCGGAUGUCUGCUCUCAUCACUUCUGAUGUUGAUUUUGACAUAACACGUGAAUUAAAUGACAUUUAGUAGACACGAGUUUGUAUUUUGACAUGAUCACUGCUUCCCCUCAUUUGAAUGAAUGUCAUAAAUUAUUUCUGUUAAACGCGCAAGGAAAAAUUACAGAAAGUUUUCAUUUUGUCAUGGUAAUGUAACAUAUAUUAAUGGUUAACAUUUAUAAGAAAUAUACUUCGGGACCAACAAAAUUUACGCAUUUUAAUUAAAGUAAUUCUGCAUUCUAAUAUCAGAGUACAUUGCUACGAGUUACCGCUCAAAAAUUCACAAAAAAAAACAAACUUUUUUUUUUUUUCUCUCCUGUAAUAACAGCACACGAGCUGGUCAACAUAUGAAUCUAGAAUGAUUGACAGCCCUGGAAGUAUCUUGAUCUGAUAUAUUUGCUGUGUCUGAAAUCACUCACUAUAUAGUGGACUAUAUAGUGAGUUCGCCAUUUUGUAGUGCUGUCCGAAUGUAUAGUGAGAAUCAUUACACCCUAUGUAGUGCACUCCUAGCAUCCCACAAUGCAUCGUGAAAAGUACUGUACAACCGAUGGUCACUAACCAAGCAAGAUAUCCCAUCAUGCAUUGCGGUCGCGCUGAAAGAAUGGCAGUAAUAUUGUAGUGUGUUGGGGUGAACGGAUGGAGGAAGAAACAUUAUAAAUAGACAUUCAAGUACAAUUAAAAAUAGUAAGAGAAUAGAAAAUAAGCUAAAAUAGAAUAAGACAGAAAAAAUACAAGAAUAAAAGUUACAGUGCAGAGCGAGGAAUUAAUCAAGUGUCUCAGGUUUGAUUUGAUAAAAGGCAGCGGCAGAGAAGAAAGUAUUCAGGCUUGAUUUAAAAGAACUGAACGAUGCAGCAGACACAAAGUACUUUGUAUUUAUUAAUGUGGUAAAUGCGCUCAGUAUAAUAUGGAUUUAUCACAAAAACACGCAUGUAUUUAUUAUUUUUGAAAACCCACCAGCCGACUGAUCUGGCACGUUUUAAUUGUGCGACAGUAAUGAUGUAAAUAAUGGCGUAGCGGAGUAGUGUCCGAAAGUGUUUUUUUUUAUUUUACCAAUGAGCUCACUAUAUAGUCCUCUAUAUAGUAAUUCCCUAUAUAGUGAAUGAGGGUGGUUUUGGACACAGCAAUUAACUAACACCAGUGGAAGCCCCGCCCUCCUUCAACCCUUUCUCACGCCUCCUCACUUUUACUCUCACUUCUUUUACUGCUAGAAAAUUCAAACGAAAAUGGUCAAAAAAAUGGGGCUUUUUCAUUUGAAAGAGCAAAAUAAUUGAAUCUGGCCUACGACGUGUGAAAUAACCGUUUACACAUCAUUUUAAUGAUAUUGAUCAUUGGAAAGUAAUUAAAUACACUGCAAAAAAUAUCUUAAGAGGAUCUUUAAUAUGGGUGAAUUUAUCUAAUA